AAAUUACUUUUCCUCGAUCCUGAUUGGCCCUGGUGCUUUUUGACCCAACGCAGCUGCCGUAGCACGGAGUGGCAAGAUGGCUGCUUCCAUUUUGGCCGGUGCGGUGAGAACAUUAUCAGGAAUCUUACGACCCUUGAAUACUUUGGGAUUUUCAGUCUAUCAAAACUGUGCUAAGAGUGUCUAUCUUAGUUCUGUACUGUCCACUCGACAAUUUAGUCAUGUUCAGAUGCCAGCUGUUUCUGUUGCUCCCAGGCUUAUUACAUCUACCAGAAACUUGACCUGUGGGCAUACUUCAGUCCUUAGUAGAUUGGCCCCCUUGCUUGCAAAUGUCCUGAGGCAACCUGUCAGACCUGUAACAUAUUGCAGUUCACAAAAAGGCAAGAGAAAGACUGUGAAAGCUGUUGUCUAUAGGUUUCUUCGACUCCAUUCUGGCCUUUGGCUCAGGAGAAAGGCCGGUUACAAGAAGAAAUUGUGGAAAAAGACAGCUGCAAGAAAGAAACGCUUAAGGGAAAUUGUGUUCUGCAGUAAAACCCAAAGUAAACUCUUAGAUAAAAUGACAACAUCUUUCUGGAAGAGACGAAACUGGUAUGCCGAUGAUCCUUAUCAGAAGUAUCACGAUCGAACAAACCUCAAAGUAUAGAUUAGCUUUAUGAUUUCCCAGUAACUGAAUAUGUGUCCUAUAAUGUUUUUGCAAAAAUGAAUAAAUAUAAGAUGAUGUAAAUUAUAUCAGCUUAUAUGAAAACAUGUAGUACCUUGUUAAAGUUUUAAGACUUAAUGGGUUAAACAUUCCCAGAUUUUGGUAAGGAAAAUGAAAGCUUCAAGUUGA